GGCGGGAGCGGCUGUGCGGGCCUGGGUGUUGGCGGGGGCGGAACGAGGGGCCGGAGUCGGGGCCGGGUCCUGGCCCGAGACGGCGCGCCCUGCGUCCUUGGGAGGGGGACACGACGUCCACUCCAGCCAGCGCCGCUCAUCCUGGUCGGCUCAGCCCGGGACCGCUUACCUGCUCCCUGGGAGCUUGAGAUGGACGGGACAGAAGGCAGUGGCGGGCAGCCCGGCCCCGCGGAGCGGUCCCACCGCAGCAGCGUGUCGUCUGUGGGCGCCCGAGCGGCGGAUGUGCUCGUGUACCUGGCGGAUGACAGCGUGGUGCCCCUGGCGGUGGAGAACCUGCCCUCGCUCAGCGCCCAGGAGCUGCACCGUGCGGUCCGCGAGGCGCUGCAGCUCCCUGAUGUCGCCCUGGAGGCCUUUGCACUCUGGCUCGUCUCCCCUCUGCUGGAGGUGCAGCUGAAGCCCAAGCACCAGCCCUACAAGCUGGGCCGCCAGUGGCCGGAGCUGCUGCUGCGCUUCACCGACGCACCGGACGACGACGUGGCCAUGGAUGAGCCCUCCCUCCAGUUCCGGAGGAACGUGUUUUUCCCAAAGCGGCGGGAGCUCCAGAUCCAGGAUGAGGAGGUCCUGCGCCUGCUCUACGAGGAGGCCAAGGGCAACGUGCUGACCGCGCGGUACCCGUGCGACCCGGAGGACUGCGAGGCGCUGGGCGCCCUGGUGUGCCGCGUGCAGCUCGGGCCCUACCAGCCCGGCCAGCCUGCGGCCUGCGCCUUGAGGGAGAAGCUGGACUCCUUCCUCCCCGCCCACCUCUGCAGACGGGGCCACGGUCUCUUCGCUGCCCUCCGGGGCCGUGGGGCCAAGGCUGCGACAGGCGAGCAGGGCCUGCUGGACGCCUACCGCCAGGUGAAGGAAGCCGUGGGCAGUGAGCGUGAGGCCGCCCUGGGCACCCACUACCGUGCCUAUGUCCUCCGGUGCCACGAGCUGCCCUUCUACGGGUGUGCCUUCUUCCACGGCGAGAUCGACAAGCCGGCCCAGGGCUUCCUGCACCGGGGCGGGCGCAAGCCGGUGACUGUGGCCAUCAGUCUGGAGGGCGUGCAUGUCAUCGACCGCAGGGAGAAGCACGUCCUGCUGGGCCUGCGCUUCCAGGAGCUGUCGUGGGACCACACCUCCCCUGAGGAGGAGGAGCCCAUCCUCUGGCUGGAGUUUGACGGCGACAGCGAGGGCACGCCGGUCAACAAGCUGCUCAGGAUCUACUCCAAGCAGGCCGAGCUCAUGAGCAGCCUCAUCGAGUACUGCAUCGAGCUGAACCAGGCCGCGGAGCCCGCCGGCCCCCAGGAGAGCGCGUCUGGUCCCUGCUCGGCCCCCAGCCCCUCGCAGCCACCCGCCCAGCGGCCCAAGCUGCGGAGGCAGGGCAGCGUGGUGUGCAGCCGGAUCCAGCACCUGUCCACCAUCGACUACGUGGAAGAUGGCAAGGGGAUCAAGCGGGUGAAGCCGAAGCGGACCACGUCCUUCUUCAGCCGCCAGCUGUCCAUGGGCCAGGGGAGCUACACCGUGGUGCAGCCCACAGACAGCGUGGAGCAGGACUGAGCCCAAGCACAGGACGGGGGGAGGCCUCGGCCCCCGCCCCCACCCUCCUCCCCGGGGGCUCCAGGCCACAGAGAUGGGACGAUGCCCGGGCCUCCCAGGGUCGCCCUGGACGCAGGGCCCCGCUGCUGUCUCAGGGCCACAGUGACUUCCCGUGGAGGUGAGCCCGGCGGAGGUGAGCCCGUCUCCAGGAGGCGGGGGCCCUGCGUGAGGGGCCGCUCCCGCGGGCUCCAGUGCGGCUGCGGUCUCGGCCCUGGACUUGGGUGACCGCAUCCCAGCAUUCCUGCUGCCGCCUCCCCAGACUGAGCCGCGGCAGAACACGAGGGAAGGGCCCUGCCUCGCCCGCCGAACUGGGGACACGCAGGUGCCUUCUUGUUGGCCGCUGGGGUGGCUGUCCCGUGACCCCACGGGUCCACCAGAACCCCAGUAUACACUGAAUUGCUCCCCGGGCCCUGGUGGUCCCACCUCAGCAGACCCCUGGCCUGUCCUUUGCUCCCAGUGUCCUGGGUCCUGGGUUUUAGUUGGGGGCCUGUUUCAUCUGCGUGGGCUCAGUGAAGCCAUGAGCUCAGGGCCACCGGCUGUCCCUCCGUGUCAGUGAGAUGGUGACCCCGGGGGCCAGCCCCCAACAAGGUGGCCUCUGGUCUCUGAGGACCGCCGGAAGGAGCAUGGGUGUGGCCGCUCCCCUUGGCCUUCUCCGUGCCUUCCUGGCCUUCUCCGUGCCUUCCCAGACGAGCCCGUGGGGGGGCCGCAGCUCUGACCCGUGCUUCCCGGGCAGGCCCGGGGGCUCAGUGCUGGGCUCUGCCUUCCCCGCCCAGCGGCGCCCACGGGAGGAAAGGGUGCUGUCGGGAGAACCAUCCACCCCCGCCCGCCCCUCCAUGGCAGGGACUGGGGGGUUCGUCAUGGUGACCAGGUGACAGGGGAGACCUCUAGGAGCAGCCGGGCUGCAGGGCGGCGUCAGGACAUGUCCUGUGUCCCCUUGUCGCCAGGCUGCCCGGCCUGUGCCCGGACUCCAGCCAGGCACUGUUGAUUCCAGGUGACUUGUUACCCGAUGGGCAUGUGGGGUGCGUGUGUGUGCGUGUGUGUGCGUGCGCGCACAAUUUCCUGUUUGUACUCCCCAGCUUUUCUCGUGUUUUCUAAGCGUUCACUGUGCCUUACCCUCCUGUGCCUGCCCUUUGGGACAAAGCAGGGUUUCACCGCGUGCCCCGUGAAUGUUCUCUUCUUUUGUAUCAUGUGACUUGUUAAUUAUAAAACUCGUUCCCAGCGAACCGUGGAAUGGUUUACGGGGUGAACUGAC